GAGGAUGUUGGAAAUUGGAAUUUGAGCUUCCCUUCGCAAUACAGUAUUCACGAAUCUCACAAUGCGUCUGAGGCUAAGUCCCCAUAACUUUUUCUGGCGUCGAAGCGUGGCGAUCGGAAAAACUGUGCUUACCGGCCUGUCGUCAUAAGCUUCUCCGUCUGUAAACAUUCUGACAUCUACUUGGCGGCCAUUUCGGGUUGCUACUGAUCCCAGUUCCCGGCUCUCCGAGGCUUUUUCUCCUGCUCGUAAAACUCCUGGCAUCCGCGUUAUAGCCGUGCCACGCUGCAACUGUUAAUACGCCUCCAGCCCGCUGCUCCGCGCAUCCGCGCAUCCGCGCAAGCCCGUCUCCGCAAUGGCUGGCCUGCACUGGCGGAAGAAGGGCGGCGGAAAGGACAGCGGCGGGGAGUCGAGCGCGCGGAAGCAGGUGGUGCUGACGGCGGCGCAACUGGCGGAGCUGGAGAGCUACAUCCAAGACAUGGAGGCGAAAUGCGCGCAGUUCCAGGCAGUGGUGGCGGCGAAGGCAGCAGCAGAGGCAGACAUGCGGGGGCAGCUGGAGGGGCUGGCAGCGGGGGUGGAGGGGGAGAGGGCCACGCGGGAGUCGGCGCUGGACGCUCUGCUGGCGGACUUCGAGAGUAGAGUGUCUGCUCGCCUCCCCGCACCCUCGUCUGGUCCCUCUCCCCUCCCCACCAUCACCUCCUCUGCUGCCGCUGCUCCCACCGAGCCAGACUCCAUCUCCCCUCCCUCCGCACUCGCUCCUGCUUCUCGCGCCCCUGCAGUCCGUCCCCCCUCGCUCCCUACCCCCUCUCUCCCCUCCUCUGUCUCCUCAUCUCUCACCACCUAUAUCAGCAGCAGUAGUGAGAUAGAGGCCUUGGCUCAGCGAGCUAGAGCUGCUGCCCUUGCUGCUGCUGCCGCCGCUGCUGGGAGAGGUGCUGCUGCUGCUGGCGCUGGUGGUGGCUAUAUCGGUGGGGAGUUUCCAGGAGUGGCAGCAGCAGCAGGAGGCGUGGCGGCGUAUCCCGGAGGUCCACACAGUGCCCUCAUCCCCACCAGCUCAACAGGCGCAGGGAGCAUGAUGAGUGGGGCGAGCGGGGGGGCAGAGAGGGGUGAUGGCGGAUGGUGGAACCUGGGGCUGGGGCUCAGGUGGAAUGGCGGCAGGGUGCAGCGCAGGCAGCGGUUUAUGGUGGAUACGGCGUGGUUGGAGGGGAUAAGACGGGACUACAUGGAGCUGCAGCGGCAGCUGGCAGAGGAGCAGCACAAGACACUGGUGGUGCAGCAGCUGAGGGCGGAGAAGGCAUGGAUGGAAGCGGCUCUGGUGAGAUUCCUGGAGAUGAAGCGGCAGCACGAGGCGGAGGUGGCUCAACUUAUGGCCAAGGUGGCUCGGCUGGAGCAGGCAGUUGCAGCGUCCAGGCAUCCUGCAGAUGGUGCAGGGAAGGCAACCUAACUUGGGUGUGGGCUCCCUCCCAAGGCUUAGGGUUCAUGUGCUGGUGCGCCUUUGCAAGUGGAUACAAGGGACUGCGUCUCACAGUUGCAGCGUCCAGAUAUCUUGCACCCGCGGGCUAGGCAACCUAACCAACCCUGCGUCGACUCAAGUGCGUGCUGCUCCUCCUUCAUGCUGGCUUGAUGCCUUAGUGAUCGACGGGUCCGUCGCUUUUCCCACCCAAGUGGCUCAGCUAGAGCACAGCUCGGCUCAACUCGCCAUUUUCUUAAUGGCAUUCAGAAUGAGCUGAAUGCCAUCCUGCAUUCCGGGGCUCCUCUGAGCCCAAAUUGCAGUGCUGUUGAGCUGAGUCCUCCAACCAAGGCACAUCUGCAUCCCCUUUGACGAAGUAUAGUAUCUGCUCAGCGUGAUACAAUGUGUUGGCUUAUUGUGCAUAAAUAAGGAGCAAGGUUGCCCAUGAAACAUAGAGAAUCUGCUGUACAAC